AAGUAUGUAGGCCAGUUUAACAAGUUAGGAACACACACACACGCAUGCAUUCUUGCUGUUUUAAAAUAUCCAUUCUUCUAUGCGUCUCUACACUCGUGCCAGGUAAAAUACAUGUUAAACAGUUUUCUGUACGGCAUUUUAUCGUUUUCAAGUUGUUACAUUGCUUAAUAUAACUAAACACAACUUCAUUGUUUAUGGUCAUUGCGUUUGUGUUCCUAUACGGUUUCAGAGCUUUCGACUACAGACAAAUAUCAAUGUUUUUCCCGUUUUGUGGUUGUUUUCACCUCGCACCACAGCAGAAAUACGAUCGUGUUUAAAUGUUGAAAAAUCAGUUGACAGCAAGGUAUCGAUUCGAAAGUGAAAGUAACUGUCUGGGAUUCCAAGAAAUCAGCGCUGUUUCUUCAGCAGCAGUUCUGUGACAAUAUAUAGACUAUAGGAAAUACAACCAGCUUCACUCAAGCACCUCAUAGCCUACCGAGAGCAGCGACGUGGCUGGUGUCCCAUCUUGUCAAGGCUAAGGAGAGCGUGUCUCACUGCCGUACUUCCACUUCAGAGUGGUGUUUAAAGAACACUUCAACUUCUACUCAAGUCAUCUUGCGAAAGAUGGUAUCAAUGCAAGUGCCAGUGUGUCUGGUGGACAAUGGGCCAGAUGGGAAAAUGACUGUCCAGCAGGGGGCGCUGCAGAUCCUGGAGCAGAUCCAGCAGCCAGUGGUGGUGGUGGCCGUGGUGGGGCUCUACCGCACGGGGAAGUCCUACCUCAUGAACUGCCUGGCCGGACAACAGACAGGCUUUGCCCUGGGCAGCACCAUCGAGUCCAAAACCAAAGGAAUAUGGAUGUGGUGUGUACCUCACCCAAAAAAGAAAGAUCACACUCUGGUGCUGCUGGACACUGAGGGACUGGGGGACGUGGACAAGGGCGACUCCAAGCACGACACCCAGAUCUUCUCUCUGGCUGUUCUGCUGAGCAGCACUCUGGUCUACAACAGCAGAGGCACCAUCGACAACAGAGCAGUGGAGGAACUGCAGUACGUCACAGAACUGGCUGAAUACAUCAAAGUGAAGUCAUCUGAUAAAGAGGGAGAAGACUCUGAGUUUGUCAGGUUUUUCCCCACGUUCAUCUGGGCUGUGAGAGACUUCACUCUGGAGAGAAAGAUCGAUGGGAAAGAUGCGACGGAGGAUGAAUACCUAGACUUUGCCCUGCAGCUGAAACCUGGUAGCAGUAAAAAAGUGAACGAUUACAAUCUUCCUCGAGAGUGCAUCCGGAAGUACUUCCCGUCCCGUAAGUGCUUCAACUUCCCAUUCCCAACCAACCCGGACAGUGUGAACCGCAUGGAGUCCCUGUCACUGUCCGAGCUGGACUCGGAGUUUCUGGAGGUCACCCAGCGCUUCUGCACUUUCAUAUUUGAGCACAGCCCAGCCAAGCUACUCAAGGAUGGACACUCCGUAGACGGCAGAGUCUUUGGCCACCUGGUGAGGUUGUACGUGGACACCAUGGUGAAGGGGGGCGUUCCCUGUCUGGAGAACGCUGUGCUUGCCAUGGCACAGAUCGAGAACGAGGCGGCGGUGCGCGAGGGCCGGCAGGUGUACGAGGACGGCAUGGGCAAACUGAAGAGCCGCUUCCCCGUCCUGCUGGGCGACCUCACCGAGGAGCACCAGCGUCUCAACCGCCUCGCCAUCAAAGCCUUCAUGAAGCGCUCCUUCAAAGACGACAACGGCGCGUUCAUGGGCUCACUGGAGGAGUCCAUCAACCGUAUAUUCACUAGCUUCGUGCAACAGAAUGAGCAGGCAUCAGUGCAUAUGUGUGGGGAGAUCCUGGCUGGUCUGUCUGAGGGACUCAGGAGCAAACUGGAACAGGGAGUCUACACCACCGUGGGGGGCUACCAGCUCUUUAGCCAGGACCUGGAGGAAGUCGUCACGAAGUACAAGCAACAGACCCAAGGAGCUGUCAAGGCUGAGGAGGUGCUGCAGGGCUUCCUGAAACAGAGGAAGGAGGAGUCUGCUGCCAUCCUGCAGGCCGACAAGAGCCUGAGCAAGAAGGAGAAGGAGCUCUGCGAGGGGCACGAGCGUCAGGUACUGAUGCAGCAGGAAGUCCGUGCUGCUCAGGAGAAACAGCGCCACCUGGAGGAGAAGAUGAAGGCUGAGAGGAAGAGUGGAGAGGAGCGCAUGAGGCAGCUGAAGAUCAAGAUGGAGGAGGACAUGAGGAACCAGCAGGAGGAGAACCAGCGCGCCAUGGACGCCAGACUACGAGAGCAGGCUCAGCUGCUGGAGAAGGGGUUCCAGGACAAGGCGGACAAGAUGAGCCGGGAGAUGGAGGAGAGCAGGAGGCGGGCGAAGGAGGCUGGUGCUGCUCACGAUAAGGAGUUCGCCGCCAUGAUGGAGUCCAUGCAGUGCAGACACGAACAGUCCAUGGACAUGAUGCAACAGCAGCUGGAACUGUUAAAACAAGAGGUUCUAAAUAGAACCUUUAAGGAUUCUGUAGCUUCCCUUGUCAAAAUGGUUUUUAGAAUUCUAUAGAAACUCUAUAGAAAAUCCUAUAGAAACCCCUCUUUCUAUACAAUCUCUAUAGAACGCUAUAGAACUAAUACUCUAUAGAAAAUAGUUUCAAUAGAAGUUGUAUAGAAAUAGUAUAAAUUCUAUAGAAGUUGUACUCUAUAGAAAACCGCUUCUAUAGAAUCUCAACAGAAUUCUAUAUAAAUAGUAGUCUAUAGAAAACGAUUUCUAUAGAAUUGAUACAGAGUUCUAUAGAAGCUGUAUUUUAUUAGGGCCAACAGAAUUUUAUAAAUUUCAUAAUGGUUAUUUCCAUAAAAACACAAUUUGGUGGAUUUUAAAGACCCUACAGAAAUUCCAUUCUGAGACAAAAGGCCUUGCAUCCAAAGAACAACUUUAGUACUUAUCUCCAGUAAAAAUGUUCUUUAUUUUAUUUACUUUAUCUCACAUAACACUUCUGAUCAACAACUCAAUUGAUCCAAAUGUAAAUUACAGUUUAAGACAUAAUUUAAUAAAUGUACUUCCAAAAUAAACGCUGAUAUACGCUAUACAUUAAUUUUCAGUCAAGCUCAAUGGCAUUUGGAAGAAGUGAAACAAACGUCUUUCUUUGUAUUUUCAUGUAAAUAUACUUAUUUGCUAUAUCAGAUAAAUUACAUGCUAUCAAUUCAUUAGUGAUUUCAACCUCUCUAAUUUGAUGCCCCUUAACUUUAUAUAUACCUGUAUUUAAUUGAAACAUUAUUCGAGUACAUGUUAAACGUCGAAAUAUACAGUACAAUUCUUUUUUACAGUUACAUAUAUCAUCUUCACAUUCAUUUUUACACACUGCAACCACUAACUGCAGGGUCCCAAUCUGACCAUCUCUUAAGUGAAAGCAGGAAUUAUUUCUUUGUUUCUUAUGCUUUAACUGUUCAGAUACGAAAUAUAAACCAUUCUGAAGAACUAA